UCAAUAACGAGUAUUGUGGAUCUACUUGAAAACAAACAGAAAAAAAAAAAGGAGAAGAAAAAUAAAAGAAAGAAAAAAUGGCAUCAAAUUUGGGUCCAGCAUUUGCUUAUACAGUGGUGUAUUGUAAAGAUGUUGCUAAAUCUGUUGCUUUUUAUGCUAAAGCUUUCGGCUACAACGUUCGUCGCUUAGACGAAAAUCGCAAAUGGGGAGAAUUAGAGAGUGGCGCUACGACAAUAGCAUUCACACCUGUGCACCAGCACGAGACGGAUGACAUAACGGGUCACGUCCAGACCCCUCAGUCCCGUGGCGAUAGACAACCCAUUGAACUUUGUUUCGAUUAUGUGGACAUUGAUGCUGCCUACAAGAGGGCAAUUGAAAAUGGGGCAAUGGCUGUGAGCGAACCGGAGGAGAAGAAAUGGGGACAGAAAGUUGGAUAUGUGAGAGACCCAGAUGGUAAUACAGUUAGAUUGGGAAGCCAUGUCAAAUCCUAAAACAUCAAAGCUCCUCGUUUGCUAAUUUACUUCUGUGUACUAAAAAUAAUUGUAUCCUCCUUGUGGUGUAGUAAUUCAGGAAUAAUAAAUAAAAGUUGGGACUUGUAAGUUUUUAUAAUAUUGAUAUCUUAUCUA